GGCUCCCCUUCCCACAGCAACACGGCUUCCUCAGCUCAGUCCCGAGACGCGGGCUUCCCAGCAGCAGCCGCCGCCGCCGCUGCCGGCCGAGCCCAGCCGCCCCCGCGGUCCGCGGCCGCCAUGCAAUUUAUGCUGCUUUUUAGUCGGCAGGGAAAGCUACGACUGCAAAAAUGGUAUGUCCCAUUAUCAGACAAAGAGAAGAAGAAGAUCACAAGAGAACUUGUUCAAACCGUUCUAGCUCGGAAACCUAAAAUGUGCAGCUUUCUUGAAUGGCGAGACCUGAAGAUUGUUUACAAGAGAUAUGCCAGUCUUUAUUUUUGCUGUGCUAUUGAGGACCAGGACAAUGAACUAAUUACCCUGGAAAUCAUUCAUCGUUACGUGGAAUUGCUUGACAAGUAUUUUGGCAGUGUGUGUGAACUUGAUAUCAUCUUUAACUUUGAGAAGGCUUACUUCAUUUUGGAUGAGUUUCUUUUGGGAGGAGAAGUUCAGGAAACAUCCAAGAAAAAUGUGCUUAAAGCAAUUGAGCAGGCUGAUCUGCUGCAGGAGGUUACUCUGAGGCAUGCUUAGCAUAUAGUGUCCAUCUGCAGCCUGUGGAUUGGAAUAUGUGUCAGUCACAUCAACUCAGUCAUCUAAAGAUGGAUGGUUCACUUUGGAGGUGGUCUGUUGACAAGAAUGGUAGUGAUUGGACUGGCAAAAUUGUUCACUUGGAUAGUGUGCUGCAUUGCCAUGUACACUACCCAGGUUCAGGCCUGGCCCCCACCCACACUAAAGGAAGCUUCAGUGCGGUGGUCUCUUUCACUAUCUCUCCCUGCCUCUUUUUCCUUAUUUAAAAACAAGAAAAAAGAAAAAAAGGAACUGUGAUGACCCAUUUUUGGAUCCCAAAACGUUGGAGCCUAAACCUUUAGAGACUAGACUAAGAAAUGAGAUUUAUCAAAGGUAAACUUAAUUUGAAACUCUCCCUCCAUUUUUGAAUGAUUUAAGAUAAUUCCUUUUCUCAGCACAGAUCAUCAGGAGUUGACUGAGAUCAUGGCAUUUUCAUUCCAAAUUGGUUCAUGUUUUCACUUCAUGUCCAUAACUAUGUUCUCAGACAGCUACAUGCUUAACCUUAUCUUGAUGUCACCAGAACCAUUAAUAAACCCCUUUCUCUUUUAUCUAAGGUUAUCUAAGUUAUCUAAGGUUAAUUAUAUAUUUAAUGCUUCUAUUCUUAAUGAUUCCUGAAGUUUAAAAUUUCAUAGCUAAAGUUACCUUUCCUUAAAACUUAAUGACACCUUAAUUCACAUAGAAAGUUGAGUUGUAUGUUUGUGAUGAAUGUAGCUUUUAUCAAAUUGAAUGUUUCUAGCAUAACAAAAGGGGGCCAGUGAAUUUUAAAAUGCUGUGUUUUCAUUAAGUUAAUUGUUUCAUUAUUAAAGAAGUCUUUAAGUUCUAUUUUUUAGUAUUUCUUUUGUAACAAAUGUGAAGCAAGGGAAGAAGAGUAAACAUCCUUUUCUUCAAAGUAAUUUAAUCAGUGGCUUCCAUAAGGAAAUUGGGAAGGGAAACUCAUAGUAACUUAUCUGCUUCAGUCUCUGAGUGUAUCAGUCAUGGGAAUUGCUCAAAAUUCAGAUGACAUCAUCUGGAAUAUGUGUCUACUAAAUAGUGUGUUGAGUCAAGGUGCUUGCAAAAGUGAACUAUUUGACAGCCAGUCAUCUGCUAUUCAUGGGUGAAAUGAGCCUACAUGGCCCUUUUUUCAUAUGUGCAUUGUGCCAUGGUUUUGAUUCUUAUUCUUCUUCCUAUUAUUAUUAUUAUGCCAGCAAACAUAACAACCACUGUGAAUUUUUCUUUUUUCUUUUUCUUAACAUCAGGUGUGCUGGCUAUAUCUUCAUGUUUUACUCUUGUAAAAUCAGUUGUUUGUUGUUGUUGUUGUUGUUUUAGUAUUUAUUGAUUUUAAUGUGAGAUAAGAGAGAGAGACCAGAACACUGCUCAGCUCUGGCUGAUGUUGAUGCUAGGGGGAUGAACCUGGGACCUCACAGCUUCAGGCAGGAGAGCAUUUUGCAGAACCAUUAUGCUGUCUCCCCAGCCUUAAAAUCAGUUUUAAAGUAGCACAUCCUUUUGCUAUUUGCUAUUCACACUUAUCUGGAAAUGUGUUCAUGGCCAAGCAGUGGCGCACCUGGAAAGAUGCACAAGUUACCAUAAGUGAGGACCUGGGUUCAAAC